AUGAAUACAUUACUUCGCAAACAAGAAUUAGAGAAUCUUUCAGCUGCAACUCAUGAGGUUCCUCAACACAAAAAUUUUUGCCAAAGGAUUCCAAGAAAAAAUAUCUCUCAUGCAAUGAAAAAGGUAACACCACCUUCGCCUUUUAGAAUUGCAGUAGGAUAUACUACAAUUGUGAUAGAUACCAAUUGCCUUAUCGGGGAUCUCAACAUGGUCAAAAAAAUCAUCUGA